CAAGGUGCCUCAGGUAUACCAAGUCCCUAUCUCAGCUUUCCAUCCGUGCCAUGGAGCCGAGGACAGCGCGUCGCUGAGGAUGGAAGUGUCCACCUUGCCUCACAAGUCGCAGCUGCAGCGUCUGCGGGAGAUACAGAGCAAGCACACUGCGAGCCCGCCGCAGACGUUGCAGCCGCAGACGUCGCAGCCGCAAACGUUCAAGACGUUGCCGCCGCAGACCUUCAAGACGUUGCAGCCACAGACAUUCUCACAGCCGUUGCAGUCGCGGUUGCAGCCUCGGCCGUUGCAAACGUUGCAGACGCAAUUGCAGAGCAGCCGAUUUCAAGUCUGGGUCCCCAGUGAGCUUGCGAGUUCUGCGAGCUCCAUCACCCGAACCACUUCCGCCCCACUGGUGGUACCUGCGUCGCCGGCUUCGCAGCCCCAGACUCUCUCGCAGCCGGUGUCGCCGCAGUCCGCACAACCCCAGACGGCGGGGCACGUGGCAGAGCGCUUGAGGCAGCUGAAGAGCGACCUGCAGCUGGCGCAGCGAUGUCAGUUGCAGCUGCCCAGCGCGCUGAACCGCCGCCUGCGGCGCCUGAAGUCGCUGUCCAGCCUGAACUGGCGGACGAGUCUUCCGUCUCCGGUGGUGUCUUCCCAUGCGCCGGUCAGUGAAAGGAACUCCAACUCCCUGCAGCUGGCUUUGGAGCGCGAGGUGCGGCGGCCUUUGGAGCAGCUGGAGGCGGCCCUGGGCGCGGUGCGGUCGGAGCAGCGCGCCAUGCGGCGACUCCAGGAGCAGCAGCUGCAGCGCAUGGAUCAGCUGCUGGAGGCGCCCCAGGCGAGCGCCGGAGACGCGGCGCUGGUGGAGCAUGUGCUCUACGCCCAGUCCGCGCGCAGGGAGGAGUUUCUGCACGCGGAGCUGCGGCAUUUGGAUCAGGAGGAAAAGGAGCUGGAGCAGGCGAAUUUGGAGCUCAAGCGCCAGGCGGAGGCGAUCGAAGCCGAGGUGCCACUCGUUUCGCAUCCUCCUCCCGCUUGGCUGCCGAUGCCCACGCUGGCGCCAACCCUGGGGAUCUCCGAUCCAUCGGGCUGCAGGACGUUGCCAUCGAGUGGGACUUCCCCACGUCCACUCCUAGUCCCAACUGCCGGGACUUCCACCUGGCAGUCGCCACUUGCCGCGAGGCUCACCACGCCAACUGGGACUUCCACCUGGCAGUCGCCCGUGGCGCAGCCAAGGCCCGCGACGCGAAGCGAGCCCGUGGCCGCCCGACCCGGCGCCGCCGAUGCAAAGGCGGCGUCCGACGAGGUGCGGGCCGUUCCUGGACAAGGGCCGCUGUGGCAGCCGGCUAGCCAGGAUUGCCACGAGCCUUUGAUGCAGGCUUACUUGGCCUUCCUGAACAAUGAAGUCGAUCGCCCGCCAUCUGCUCCUCCUACGACUCUCACGCCUGCCACGGUCGCAUGCCCCUCGCCGGCGUCUGCAUCUCCUGUGGCAAGCGCGGCGGUCGCAAGUGCGCAAGGCCUGGAGAUGCCGCAGGUCUACCGCGCCGCGGUGCAGAUCGUGGCGGAGCACGGCUGGGAGGCGCUCCAUGGGGGCGAGCAAGCAGGAGCUUGCUGGACCGCCUUGCACUGGGCGGCGGCCGAGGGGCGGAGCGACAUCUGCCAGCUGCUGUUGCGGUGCCGUGCCAACAUACAUCACGAGGAUGAGAUCGGGCGAACUCCAGCCUACUACGCUGGCCUGCACGGGCAUGCCGAAAUCCUCGCUCUCCUGAAGACCAACGAGCCAUCCGCGGCUCAGGACUCGAAGACGCCCAGCGAGGAAGAUCACACGGACCGCUUAUCCGCCGCAAGCACCGGGGCCAGUGCCCUAUGGAACGACCGUGCCUCACAUGCGUCACCUUGGUCUGCGACGACCCAGCACGUUUGAGCAGGUUUUCGCUCGAGAAGCGGCGCGUUUUGGGGGGUUGCUCAAAGGGCACCCCGUCUGAAAUGCUCAAGCAAAUGUAGUUCUAGUUUCAC